CUCUCGACCGGUCCCGUCGUUGUCGCGUCUAAUAUUCUCGUCUUAUUCGCACCACCACAGCCGUCGUCGUACCAACACCCGUAGGUUACGCGGUCCGCGUACUCCCGCCCCGCGCUUAUUAUAAUAAUUAUUAUUAUUAUUAUAAUAUUACAACAUUAUUUUAAUCGUAUAAAACAUUCGUAUCGCGUACACCACAGAAAACGAAAACAAAUAUUUUCAACGGUCCUUUGACGUCGCGCGUUUUCGCCGAAAUCGAAAAACUUUACUUUUCGCGUAUUUCGCCCGCGUAAAAAACCGCACGGCCCCGCGAUGUUUCCUUCCGGAAACCCGCCGAACUCCGGCGAAAGCGACGCGGAAAAAUCGGCCGCUUUGGAAAUCGACUCCGGGCUCGCUCCCCCCCCCGCCGAUCUCGAUCCCCCCACUGCCGAAAACGCCGCCGAACUCGUUCCCCCCGCCGCCGAAGACGCCGCCGAACUCGUUCCCCCCGAUGCCGAAGACGCCGCCGAACUCGCUCCCCCCGAUGCCGAAGACGACGCCGAACUCGUUCCCCCCGCCGAAGUAAAUAAUAACGCGAACCCCGAAAUCCGCAUCCACUUGGUCGAUGACGUGCCGGAGGAACAGCCGCCGCAGAUUCCGGUACCCCGUUUCAGAGACCAAAUGGUACAGGUACCCGCGCCCCGAUUGCCCAGCAGCACCAAGAGAUGCGUGCUCACCAUGGACGGUUACUCAUACGUCAUCGGUAAGCAUAAUUAUAAUUGUAUCAUCGUUGCAAUAUUAUCGUCCGGUUUUUAUUGUUUUUUUUUUUCUUUAAUUAUUAUUAUUAUUAUUGUUUUCCGUCCGCGAUUAAAUCCGCGGUGCUCGGAUCUGAAGUUUAAUUGUAUCAUCGUUGCAAUAUUAUCGUCCGGUUUUUAUUGUUUUUUUUUUUUUUUUAUUUUUUUUUUUUUUUUUUUUUUGUACACAAAGUUUUCGGACCCGAGAACUUUUCCCCGAGCACCGCGGACAUGUUAUUAUUAUAUGACGUAUGUUAUAAUGACGGCGGCGAACACGGGGAAAAAAAUUCACUGGGUGCUUUUUGUCAAAAACUAAUAAAAAAAAAAAAUCUGUCGCGUUUUUUGUAUCGCCGGGAAUCUGAGUUCAAGAUAAAAAAAAAAGCUUACAGGUAAUUAAUAGUUCGGAAGAGAUUCGAACUUCCAACCUCCACCCUCACCUCCUGCUCUGCGUUCGCCGCUGUAUUAUAAUAUAUUAUGUAUAAUUACAUGUAUAAGUAUACACAAACCAGUGGUUGUCAUUUCUCUCGGCGGGUUAUUCAAUCGAAAUUUCAGGUUUCUACGAUUACCAGCAGCUAUUUAUCACGUACCGAAACCCCGAAUUACAACUAAAUGUUAAAAAUAUUUCCGUUUUUUUUACCAUCACCAGUAGGAAAACCAUUAGGAUUUUAAAGAAAAAUCAUCCCACAGAUGCACUGGCCAAAUCCAGAAUCAUACAAGAUUCACUCACAGUAAAAAUACUCACAUCACGGUAAAACCGAAAUAUGUUUCCGAAUUGCCGACUUCGACAAAUUUUUCGCUUUUCUAUUCAAAGCGCCGAGUUAUUUCUGUAACACUCGAGCAAAAGGUUUUAAAUCUGAAAAUCAUGAAAAUUGAGUUGAAUAUAAUUAGUUUGACAAUAUUUAAACCGUUAGUUCUUUAAUUAAAAUAUUAACACCAGAAUUUUCAAUUUAAAUUACAAAAUAUCUAUUAAGUAAAAUUUGUUUCUUGAAAUAAUGAAAUAUUACGGUUUUUAUUUACCACCAUCCUCCCGCUCGCUCCUACAACGUUUUUUGAAUAUAUUUCUAUAUCUUACUAAUAAUUCGAGCUGAAAAUUCAAGACCUAGGCACCGAAACUAAUCGCAAAAUGGUGCCACUGGUAUGCUGGUAGAUGAAACGUGAUUAUUGGUACAAUAUUAUGGUGUGUAUAAGACAGUGGCGAAAAUAGGGCGGGGUUUAUCCCACCCCCUCCUCUUCCACCACCCACAGAAAUUUUUUUCCGCCCCUACAGUGUAACCGGCUGUUUUGUGACUGGUAUAAUAUGGCGACCAUGGUAACGUUAUUGUAUCGCGAGCGUAUUCAACGACGCAAAUUCGUUUCUUUUUUUUUACACUUUACAGGAAAACGAAAUACUUAAAGUUCAAAAAAAAUAUUCGAGGUUCUGUAAAACGUACUCUUUGUCUCGCCGCCACUGGCUUUAAUUAGUACCUAUUACUUUAUAUUAUAUUUAUGAAUAUAAUAAAAAUAUAGAAACGCGUAUGCCGGACCAGCAUCAUCAGUGGCGUAGCCAUUAUUUAUUAAUGGAGUGAUUUAGAAAGUCUAUAUGGAGGGGGGUAAGAGAUUUAUAGGUAUACAACCUUUUUACCCUUAAUUAAAGCUAAAAAAAUAGUGGGAGGAGGGGAAAGGGGUUACAACACUUAAACCCUUCCGAAUCGACUAACUUUAAGACACGAUCCAAGGUCGUAUUUGAACCAAAUUUUCGAGAAAGAGGCGGGUGAAAUAAAAUUAUCCACUAUUUUCGUUCCAUAGAAUUCAUAAUAAUACAACGUUACAUGGCAUUUUUAUCUCAAUAAUAAUAAUCAAUACUUUUAAACGAAUUUCGUAGGGGUGAAGAAAUUUACCCCAACCUCUUCCCUCCCAGAAGUGCGUUUCGGAUAUCCGAAUUAGUCACACGUUCCAGUUGAAUUUAUUAUUAUAGCUGCUUCCAGACCGGAUCGUCACGACGAAGAGUAUUGGUAAGUCUUGGUGAGUUUUUUAUUUUCCAGGGACCUUUACCAAUAUUAUUAAAAAUAUAACGUCACGUUAUUCGGCGUGUACUUACUAUUUUUUUUAACAAUCUCGCAAUAAUUAAUGGUUUUCAAAAAAAAAAAAAAAAAAAAAACGAUGGAUAGUUCUUUCUCCUUUUUUUAUUUUUAUUUUUUUUUUCUGUUGAUAUAGUUUAAACCAUAUUACCUUCAUUAUUAUUUUUUUAUUUCGUUUAAACUUUUCUAUUAGGAGGGAACAGGGAGGCGCGGAAGUUAAGUUAUAAUUCAGAAUUAUAUUUAUCCGAAGAAAACUCCGCGACGUUUUUCACCCGCGAUCCGUCGCGUCAUCGUUUGAAUAUAAUAAUGGAAAAUUUUAAUUAUAAAUCGUCAAAUUAUAAUUAUUAUUUUUUUUUUUUUUUUACGGCGACUUGUCAGAAACACAUAACGUGAUAUACUUUCAAUAACUUUCGUUUUAUAAGACCAAAGAUUCAUAAAAAGUAAUUAAAUAAAACAACGACCGAGUAUAAUUACUCGAAUUUGUAUGGGUAUUAUACAGCUGUCAUCAUCACGUCUUUCGAGUGUAGUACAUAAACGUUUGCAAAUUUUUUUCAAAUUUCAUUUCCAUUAUUAUUAUAAAUUUACACAAAGAACACCGGUUCAGAAGUAAUUAUAUUAUGCAUUACCUUCCGACAUAAUUAUAUUUUCUCCGGAGACAUAAAUCGAUUGCGGUACACGCAUCUUAAGCACAAGAAAUGCCAAUGUACCAUAAAAAAAAAAAAAAAACACGUAUUGAAAAUUAAAAAUUCAACAAUCCACAAAUGAUAAUUUGAAUUUAAAAAACCGAAUUUACUUUCGAAAAUUCUAAAAAUCUAACGUAUAAUACGAUUAUAAUACAAUAUUUCCAUUUUCUUAUCUGUUAGACUCCGAGUGUUGGUAACCUAUUGAUUUUACCGUGAUGUGUGAGGUUUGAUGAAAAUCGAAAAUAUUAUGACAUUUCAAAACGAGCUUAAUUCAACUUCGCUCAGAAUCGUAUUUCGUUAGCAAUGGUUUAUCGUUGCGUACAGAUAAAAAUUAAAUUACUCAUUUAUCGUCCCUUCGACCAGUCCAACUCCUUUCAAUAGUGCACGCAUCAGAAGUAUCAGCUCUUUAUUUUAUCUUUUGUUUUUAUUCAAAUUAUCCUAUCUAUAAUAAUUUCAAUAGUGUACUACGUUUCUUAUACAUUAAUACAAUUAUAAGUUAUUUAAAAAAAAUAAGUUAUCUAUAAUGAGACGUUCCUCUCAAUAAUUCCGUCUCCUUCCUUCCUUCAAAUGUACGCUCUAUCCUGGAAUACGGAUCCGUACUUUGGGACCCUUCCACCUCUUGCGACAGUAGGAUGAUUGAGCGUAUCCAACGUAAGUUUCUUGCUUUGGUCGCCUACCGUUUCAAUAUUCCCCACCCUCCUCACGAUUACUCCCCGCAUUCUUCUGGAAUUACGCCUAUUUAACCUAUCUCACCUAUCUCACCACAGACACUUUUUAACCUCCUUUUCCUCUCUAAUCUCAUUUCCGAUAAAAUUGAUUCACUUUCUUUAUUAUCACAACUUUCUUUUAAGAUUCCUCUUCGUCAUACCCGCUUUUUCCCGCCUUUCUUCAUCCCGCCCGUCGUCUACUAAUUACUUUUUUAAAUUUUCGAUGCUCCAACUCAUGCGCGCCGUUAGCGCGGACCCUUCUUUCUUGUAAAUAAUUUAAUUAUUGUAUUUAUUAUUCACUUGUUCUUUUGGCUUGCCCGUUGAAAUAUAAUAAAUAAAUACCUAAAUAAUACAUUUAAAAAAAAAAAAACACGAAAAUAUUAUAACUGAAUAUUCUAUAUACCUACACCCCAUUGAAUAAUAUUAUAAUAUGGAAUACCGAUAUGAUAAUGACGUGCAAAUUAAUAUCAACUAUAACAAAAAAAGAAAAGGAAAUUAAAAAAUCACCGUAAUGUCAAUUUAUUUAACCUUAUAAAAUACCAUUAUGGAGAUAUUAAACGUGUGCGAGUUGGUAGAAACAAUAAUCAUUAUUAUUAUCAGAUGGCACCGGGUGCUAUUGAAAGUAUUUAUCGGAUAUUUCCGAAAUAAUAUAAUAAUAUUAUAUCAACUGGAUUUUCGGAUGAAAAUAAAAAUUAUCGUUUUGUCUACGACGACAACGACGCGCGACGGUGCCGCGAUAAUUUUCAUCAUAAAAAAAAAAAAAUAUGUCACCGUUUUUUUUAAUCCCCGAGACACGAACCUAUGCGAUUAUUAUUUGUAAACACUAUUACGGUAAAAUGUUGUGUUUUAUCACGGAAUGUUCCAUUAUAAUGACUGUGCCGGGUCUGGCGGUCUUUCUGACGAGCGCGAUUUAGCGAAAAUGUGUUCGCGCGGAAACAAACGAAAACGCACCUUUUAAAAUUGGUUUAAGGCGAUGAUAAAACGCUCUUGCACACGGUCCGUAGACAAAAAUCUGCGAAAACCGCCUCAACGGUAGUCUUUUUCAAAGUAUACCUACGCAUUUUUAGAUUCGGAACAAAGUAUAUCGGUUUUCAUUUUUUUUAUCUGUAAACUACAUUUCUACCAGGAAUCUCCUUCCGAUUUUCAAGUUUAGUAGGUUUUCUGAAAGAAAAUUUCGUCCUAAUGGUACUUUAAAGAGAUCGUUUUUUUUAGAAGUAUUCAUGAUAAAUGGAAAAAAUCGGAAAAUUUUUAAUACACAAACGAAACAUCGCUCCGAAUCGUUUUUCGUUUGCAACGGUUUAUCGUUGCGUACAGAUAUAAAUUAAAUGCCCCUCUAAAUCCUACCUUCCCAACUUCUCACCUACAAUAAUGGCCCACCAGCCGUGCGAAGUAUAUCCGUUAUGUACCUACGUAUAUUACCCCUUGACUAUAAUCACGGGCAUAGACCAAUUCGUAGGGGUUACGGUCAGGGAAUACAAUAUAUAACCAUAACUGUGUAUACAAUAUAAACGAAACAUAUAAAUCGGGGUGGGCAACACGACGAAUACAAAGAUAAGUAUAAUAGUUAUACACAGUUUACAAUUAAAUCUAACGCUUGAUAAAGUUUAGCAAGUCGAGGUUGUUUAGACGUUCGUUUUGUGACAUUUUAAUUAUUAAUUACUAAAUCAGAGUAGCUGGUACUAAUUAUGGUUGCGCCACUGUUGUUGCUAGGAAAUUUGCAAGAUAGGAUACAUUAAGUUAUUUAAUUUACAUAUUAUGCAAGUAACGAAAUACUGUUAGCCAACAAAAUUCGAUUCUAAACGAAGUAAUUCAUUCAGUUAUUUAUGUUUUGAAAUUACAAUUUUCGUCAAAAUUCGACCAUAAAAUUCCUAUAAAAUGUGAAUUUUAAUCGGGAUUUUAAACGUUUAAUUGAAUGUGACUAUUCCGCGGAAACUUUUCGCCCGACUAUACGCAUUAUAAUAUAUAAUUGCCAUCACUCAUGUUCUCUUUCGUUCCGAGUUUUUUAAUUUACCGUUAAAACUGAAACAAUGAUUUCCUUUUUCGAUUAUUAUUCAACGUUUUAAUGAAAUCUAAAGCAUAAUAGGUUUAUAUUAUUUAUAUUUGAUUCGAAAACCGGCCGUUGCGCGCAGUCGGUAUAUACAAGCUGUUAAUUAAAAACUCGAUUGCUAUAUUAUAAUUACUAUCGUAAACUUUAAAAAUAAUUUAAAUUUGAUUUUAUAACAAUGCAGUGCACAACAGUCGAAUAUUUUCGUUAUAUACCUCGUCUUAUACUUAACUCGUAUAACAAAAGAUAAUCGUAUUCGAAUACGUAAUUUUGGCUAAAUAAAUAAUAAAAUAUAUUAUAAAACGCGCAUUUCGUCAAGACGAUUUGUUAAUUUGUUCUUAAACUUGUAAUGUUAUUAAUUUUUUUAAUUUGUUUAACUCUAAUAAUAUUUAAUGUACUCUAAUAUUAUACGGACGGACAGGGCUUUGACAAUUUAUUAUUCCCGCGAGAAACAAUAUUAUUAUUAUGAUCGAAAAUACCGUCGAACCAUUGAAUAUUAACUGUUCGGAUUUUGUACUGCAGAACUGGCAAAUUAUUAUUGAUAGCAUAUUAUAAUAUGUGAUAAAAUAUAAAAAUUUAACUAAUAGAAGAAACGAAUUGUAACUUUCUUUUCCAUGACAACGUUCCUCUAAUAUCCAGUACCUAUAUUUUGGACGAAUCAUUUUCGAUCAAUUUGAAAAAAAAAAACGUAAAUUCAUUCUGCAGAAUAUUGUUAGGUUUAACUUUUUUCUAUAGCAUGUAAAUAAAUAUUAACAAUAUUAUAUUCAUGAACAUAUAUUAAAUUACAUAUUAAAUCACCAACCUUUUACCAUUAACAUAUUUUACAAUUUCUUCUCCGGUUUAUAAGUUCCUCAAAGAACCAUCCCGUCUAACACCCGAUCCUCCAUCGACUAUUCGUCCAUUGCUUUUAUCUUUCCAAGUUGGACCUUUACCAAUAAUAACGGCACAACGUACAAAUCAUUUUUCAUUAAAUCUUCCGUCUCAUUUUGGGACUUAUUUCUAGGCAAGUGUCAUUUUCAACUAGGAUUCUGUUCCGUUAUCAUUUUUAUUUACUCGUUCUGAUUCUUACAAUCAUAUACCUCCCAAAAAUGCUCCCCUUUCAUCACGUCCACUAAACUUAUAUUUUGAAAUAGACCCCUCUACUAUCCGCGUUACUUUCGUCUGUGCAAGAAUCCUCGCAAGAUUUUACAAUUGUUUUUUGAACACCGAGUUUUGUGUGCCAUGGAUUUCUGAUAUUAGUCUACAAAUUCGAUUUGACUGAAAAUAAUAAUAAUUUUAAAGCUACUUAUUAUUACGUCAUUGAAAAUUAUACGACACGGUUUUCUGACGUUCAAAACAUGUCUAGAUCAAAGAAAAGACCGAGAAAAAAAUUCCAGAGAAUAACAAAAUAUGAUAUUAAUUAAAUAUUUCUGGUGUUAUUUCGUUUUAUCAUAUUUUGUAAUUAAAAUACCAAAUAUAUAUACAUAGGAUACCGGCGCUUUAUGAAAAUUAAAAAAAUUCCGAGAAGGAUUUAGAAAAUUCUCGCUGUCAGGUGUUCAAAAAUGCAAAAAGCGAAGUUAUUUCUUUGAACGCGAUAUUUCGAAAAUAUUUAGUGUAUACCGAUACUCGGGUAUUUGUAUUGUAGCAAGUAUCGUUAUGUCUUUGAACGCGUUUAAAGCAUUCCGUUUAUUGUUUUUUCGAACCCACGAGAGCGCAUAAAACGGACGGAGACAAUUUUUUUAAUGUACCCGCCUUCCAUUACGUCGAAAUAACACACGCAAACAAAUAGUACAGUUCGUUUAUUUUUUAUUUUUUUAAUGCACAUAGACAUAAAAAUCGUUACAAGUACACCAAUAUUAUAAUAUUAUUAUAUGUAUAGUAUUACGUAUACAUAAAACAGGGUAAACUACGGAAUUUCGUGUUAUAGCGAUUUUCUCGUUUAGAUAUAUUAUAUGAUAAUACCUAUGCAAAAUAGAGAAAAAUUUCUAGUAAAAAUGUUUUAUUUAAAUAGUAUAUACAAUCCGAAAUCAUACUUGGGCUUGACAUUUUAAACGUCCCACAGGAAGGGAGAAGAUUUAAGAGUCAGUUAUUAAAAUUCAAAUGAAAAUCUAUACGUUUUUUAUUUCUUUUUUUCAAAAACAGUAUUGUAGCAAACGUGCAAAUUCCGAUCAUUAUUUAUAUUCGAUAUUCAACCGGGUUAUUCGAUCUUACAAUAUUAUUUAUUUAAAAAUAGACAUAGGUAUAAUUGAACAAAAAUUGCUUUCCCGAUGCACCGACUAAAUCAGAAAUUCAAUCGAAAAAAAUAUCUUGGUAUUUUUUUAUUGAAUCUAAAUUUCUGAAAGAAAAGUUGUUUAUAGAAAAAAAUAAAAAUUCACACAAAAAUCUCAAUAAUAUCAACCAAUAAAUAAUAUAACAAUACAAUAUCGUACAUUUUUUUUAAAUUUCUUUUUAAAAAAAUGUUUUCGUCGAUUUACAAUAUACUAGAUACUUUGGCGUAGGUAUUCGAACGUAAUAUUUUCAUGAUAACUUAAGAUGUUAUGUUUUUCGCCAUUAUUCUCCUCGUCAAUAUAGAAUGCCUACAUACUUAUAUAUUUAUUUAGGUAUAAUAUUGAAAGGUAAAAAAUACCGUAUCCUCGCGAAUGGAAAGAAAACAGUUUUAGGAUAAUUUCUAGUAUUGAUAACUUAUUAUUUUUCGAAAAAAACAACGCGCAGUCACAUAAUAUUGUUAUAUUUUAUUUCAUUGACGACUUUGAGGGUGCGUAAUAAUGUCCGUCGGUAUCAAACACGUCCUGUAUAAUAAAAUAUCGUAUCUGAGGGAAUUUUCACCUAUUAUUGCAAUUAAUGGGCGUAGUCGAAAUUUUAAAAGGUAUACAUAUCGUAAAUCGAUCGUUUUUUUAAUGGUUUUCGUACGAAAUUUUAAAAAACAAAAAAAAAUAAUAAUAAUAAUAUCGAAGGCGUGACGUUUUUAUUUCAGGUAUAUUGCCGAACAAUUUUUUCCCCGAAUAAACAACAUAAUAAUAUUACGUAAUGGUUUUUUUUAUUCUUUUCGUGUUUGAUAUGUUUGUUAAUUAAUUUAAUGUAGAGUCCAGUGGUUUGCAAACUUUUUUUUUAUUACAUCUAUGACGACACUAUAAUAUUUAAAUCCAUAAAAACGGUGACACUCUUAAGACAAUCAACUAGAGUUUUCGAGAAAUUAAUAAAUUAUAAACAAUCAUGUUUUAUGACAAACUACAGUUUAUAACAAUAAUCGACGGGACAUUCUUCAAAAUUGUUUUUCUUAUCUGCGGUUUUUAUCGUCGUAUCAUAAAUCUAUUAUUUUUAUAUCUUGAGCGCGCGUAAUAUAAACAUUUACUUACUCGUAUGUAAUUCAUAUUUGAAUAAUACUUGGUAUGGGUGUUGUUCGUGAGUGAGUUGUGUCAAAGAUUUGACUGUUUUUCGGGUGUAUCGAACAAUGAAUUAAAUCAAUGUGCUAUAGAACAGUGACUCAGUGUUACCGCAGUGACGGAUAUCCGCGGAGGCGGGAGCUUAGUGGAUCGCCCCCUUGGGAUUUUCGUCACCACUAUAUAUUAUAACCUACAACUUGAUACUUAAGAAUUUAUACAAGUAUAUAGGUAGAAAUAUAUAUAACCACACAAUUUUUGUUUUUUUUUUUCUUUAUUUUGUGUCAGUUAAAAUGAUAAGAAUUCGUGGUCGUAGUUUAUCAUCAUCAAUUAAAUCUCUUAUUACCUAUGAUUGCAAUAAACAACCAUUUAACUAUCGAUAUAGUACUAAAUAUUAACAACAGGACUGCAGCUGCAGUUGAUUGCUGCUCUAAUUGCAUUUAAGCCCAACGGCCGACAGUAACUUGAUGUAGAGUUGCUUAUAAAUCAGCGUAGGCAGUUCGCAUGUGUACAUUAAUAAUUGUACCCGGAUAUCGGUGUAUCACUUGUUUUUUUUUUAAUGUUAUCAUUUAUCAACAGUUCGCAUUUGUAUUGUUGUUACUAAUACGUUUAGUAAGCAUUUUAUCUUAGUUUAUGAUGGUAUUUAAUACUUAAAGUAUUAUCUUUGUAGUAUCUACUCUGUGCAGUUAUUAACAUUUAAUAUUAUUUUAAUGUGUCGAAAAGUAAAAUAUUUUUACAUUUUACCGCAGUUAGUAUUCUGAUUAAAAUAAACAUUUUUACAAAACAUCAUCUAUAGUAAGAGUUCAGUCGAAAAUUUAAAAAUAGACCAAUCAAAAUAUUUUCGAAAAAGAACAAUGGAAAUCGAGGACAAAUGGUUGUUAACAUUGUAUGAAAGAGGGUUACAAACAUUUUUUAGAAAUUAAAACCAACAAAAUGUGCAUAUUUAUUGUGCAGAUAAUAAUUAUAGAUUUCCAAAACGAAUAAUGGGAAGGGAUGAACCCCAUUACCUCUGGGUUCUGUGGAUUUUAAAAUUACUCCCAGCCCCUCAGAACUAGGAUAUAUCCACCACUGUGUUACCGCCGAUUUAAUAAGCAAUUCACCGAUUCGUAUUAUCGUUUAUCAGUUCCUAAAUAAUUGGCGAUGUACGGAUUCAGUUUACUAACGACUACCUAUAACUUACAAGUCCGGCAAAUCGCCUAUGCCACAAUGUAAAUAUUUACAAGACAAAUUCGAACAUUACGCAAUGACGAAUCAGACCGACAGCAACUGCUAACUUGUGAAAUCCACGGACGCGUCGAAAGCGGCCGGAGUGAAAAAACACCAAAAAAAGUAUACUCGCACACUAUCGUAGAAUACGGGGGGAUAUGCCCUACGUAAAUAUCAUUAUUUAUAAUUAAAAAUUUCCGAAAGCCCAAGACCACAAACGCUUUGGCGGGGGGGAGGGGGUAAAGCGCCAAAGGUUUCCACAGAGUCAUUAAAUAACGAAAGUAUAACAAAAUAUUUUUAUGAUAUUUCUCUAAAUUCAUGACUUGCCAAUAUUAUAUAGGAGAGGGAAAGGGAAAAAUCUUCGACACGGCUAACGCGCAUAGUAAAUCAUCGUUAAGGUUUGUGAAUAAUUUGACGCGAUAAUGAGACUCACGCGUAUAUGAAAUAUAAUACCUACCUAAUUAAAAUUCACGCCCAUAUGGAUUAUAAUAAUAUUAUCACCCCAUCCCUUUACCCUACCACAACAUAAAAUUCGGCGGCGCGUUAUUAAAACGGCACACUUGUUGUAUGGGUCUUUAUAAAAUCCGUACUACUGCAUUCUCGCGAAAUUGUGAAAAUAUUAAAUAAAAUAAAAACGGUCCGCUGAUUAAAUAACACGAAAAAAAAAAAUGAAGAAAUUAUUAAUUUUUCCGUCUCGCCACCAGACGGUACCCGUGCCACAGAGAAUAACAAUAAUAAUUCCGUUUUAUACAAUAUCAGCCGCUGUCGUCGUAUUUACCCCCUGUAUAACAAUAUGAUAUUAUUUAUUUUUGUUUUACCAUUUAUUUACUAUCUUGUUUUUUUCUUUUCUUUUUUUUCUCAUUUUUUCCGCACGCUCUUCGCAUCGCGUCUGCGACGUAAAAAUAUAAUUGUAACUAUACAAACAGACCUGAAAAACGCGCGCGCACGAUAAAUUAUAAUAAUUUUAUAUGGAUUGUACAAGACGCUGUGCAUUGCGGUGCAGUGUUCCUCCUGUAUUAUGUCGACAAAUUUGAAAAUUUAAUGUUAAAAAUCGUUUCGAGAAAAAUGAAAAACGGGUGUUGUUAUUGUUAAUACGGUUCAAUAGUGUGGGACGUCAUUUCGAUAUUUUGUAGACCAGAACGUGGAGUUAUAUCUCCUCCCCCCCCUCGGCCUUAUUUUAUUAGCUAUUGCUUAUACGAAUACCUAUUUUGCAAAUUAGAAUUUCUUAACUUUUUAUUUAGAAAAAUCAAAUUUUAUUUUCAAAAACGUGUUGGUAUAGGUACCAAGUUAAUAAAUCAAAAUAAUAAUAAUAAAACCUUAACUGUAGGUAAAUUAUCCUUAUUGAAACCGAAACCUAUGCAAAGCACUUUAAUACAAAGAAGGUUCUUUUUUUUUUUCAUUAUUCUCAAAACAAAUGUAACUUAACUAACAAUAAUAAUUACUAUAGUGUGUGAAUGUUAACGUUAGGCUAGACUGAAUUAUAAAAUAUUUAUAAAAAAAUGUAUACAUUUAUAAUGGGGUUUUUUUUUUUUUGUUUUUUUUGUUUUAACUAGUCUGGAUACACAUUAUAUUAUAUACAAACUGUGUGAAAAAAUAUUUAAAAGUUCGCAUUGUAUCCCUCCUCGGCAAAAUCCUAAAUACGCUACUGGGAUGCGCACCCUAUUGCAUCCCGCAAAUGACGCCUCUGGAUUACGGUCAUGAUUACAGUUUUCCAUUUGUCGGUUUUCCGUAAAAACUUCAUUAUAAUACUAUCAAUUCGAUAUAUAGGUGCGCGUGGUCUGUGGCCGGUACUUACUUCUAUUACCUACCUAUAAUAUACUUAUAGAAUAGCCGCAGACUGUAAUAUCGCAAACAACCCACGGGGACUCGGAAUAUAAAUGUAAAAUUAUCGUUAAAACUCGAAUGCAAUUAUUUUAUCGUUUUUUUUUUUUUUUUUUUUUUUUCCGAACAGAAUCGAUUGCAUUUAUAUUCCGCCGUUUUCUCAUAAUUAUAUUCGACGGCGAUAAUUUUAAAAUGUUAUAUAUAUAUAUAUAUAUAUGUAUAUUAUGUACGUAUAUAAAUACGCAUUCGAGAUACUCGACUAGGUAUGCCAUUAGAAUAGUAAUAAUAAUAAUAAUACACACAGUUUACGAACGUACGAGAAAACCGUGAACACGAGAAUAAUAAACUGAUAGCUUUUGUUUUCGACACCUUUCGCGUUAUUUUCUCCACUCAAUUAUAAAUAAAUACGUAUACUAUAGGUAUAUAUAUAGACGACGACGCAGGUAUAUUAUGUACUGUACGAUCCACUUUAAAAACAAUAAUUACACUAUGGUAAUUUUUUUAUUUCAUUUUUUUUUUUUCCAUUAAUAAUCGAACGUGUUUCCAAUUUAUCAAUUACAUAAUUUACGUCCUACGAUACCGUUUAAUUACAUCGUUUUAUAUUCUACGUCGGUCAAUUACGAACAAAUUAUAACGUUCUUACGAUACCUACUUGACAUGACGUGCUAUUAUUUUACAAACGCUAUGUAAUAUCGCGGUGUACACGGGAACGUUAUAGUAUAUUAUAUUGAAUUUUUUACGGAAUUUUUAGGAGAAAAUUAUUACCUAUAUCGAUUUCGUUAAAAAAAAAAAAAAGAAUUAAUAACACAUUUAUCACCCGUCAAUUGAAAUCCGAUGGAAUUUUCGUACGUGCUUAUAUUAUAAUAUAAUAAUGUUAUUAUAAUACGUCGUAUAGAAUCAUAAUAUAUAGUUAAACAGCGUGACUACACAAAAAAAUAUUGUUUUGCGAGGUAAAAAAAAAAACUCGACAAAUAUCAUGAUAAUUAAAAUAAAAACGCGUCGUUAGAAAAAAUAAAAACGCACGAAAAAUAACGAAAAAAAUAACGCCGAAAAAAAUUGCAAAAAAUUUUGUUGGUCCAGGUGAGGCUCGAACUCACAACCCCGGCAUUGCUCACGACAACUGUCAUAUAAGUACCGUGCGCUAACCGAUUGCGCCACUGGACCGGUACUGUUGUACUGCUGAAUUUGUUCCAAUUAUUUGAGUCACGAUUCGUUUGUUGAACGGGCAACACGUAUGUUCUCGCUUUCGAAUGCCGUCAUUCGCGUUGUUUCUUUUUCUUUCGGUAAUUUAAUAACAUCAAAACGCUUACCACGCUCAUCGGAAAUCAGUAAGUGUCUAGAUAAUAAUAUUAGGUAGGCCAUACGUUCGUGCAAUGACGUACUGGUGGUUCCCACCAUCGCGUGACGCGCACAGUCAUGGACGGACUUAUGCCAGAUCUGCCGACCUACGCAGAAAUGCAAAAUAUUUUAACCGAAUUAAAACACGCCAUCGAAAAACUCCGCCGCUAAGUGGCAGAACUACAAGCAAGUCAAAAAUUACUACAAAUAAAAUAUAGUGAAUUGGUACUGGUAGCUAAAUCGUCAAAAUUAAUUACAAAAAUAGAUAACAACUUAGAUAAAACGACCACUAUUUCUAACAUAUCAGUUUCAAAAGAUGUUAACGUAACUUCAAAAGUUAAACAAAAUGGUAACAAAAACGCGACUAAUAAUAAUAUUCAAAAAAUAUAUAAACCCCCACCAAUAACUAUCAAAAGUGUUACACAAUUUGAUAAAUUAAAACAAUUAUUAACGUGUGAAGAACCGGUAGGAAACGAACAACAAUUCAAAGUCCCAUCAAAUGACGAAACGAGAAUCUUAACAAGAAACGAAAGUUAAUUCAGAAAUAUAAUAAAAAUAUUAGAAGAAAAUAAAAUUGAAUAUAAUCGGUACCAAAUAAAAAGUGAAAAACCAUUUCGAGUAGUAUUACGAGGUAUAAAUCAUGAUUCAGAUAUAGGAAUAAUUGCCAAUAAACUGUAUGACCAGGGCCACGAAGUAAGCGAAAUAACCAAUAUAUAGAUCGAGAAAAAAUCGGGUCCUAAAAACAAAAACAGUGAGUGGACAUACAUAAGACUACCAUUAUUCUUUGUAGAUUUAAAACCACUGGAGAACAAUAAAGACAUUUACAACAUAAAACUACUAUGUCAUCAGAUAAUAAAAAUAGAACCACCAGGUAAAAAAAAGAAGUACCGCAGUGAAAGAACUGCCAAUCUCUUGGACACACACAAAAUUAUUGUCACAAAUUUGUUGUAUGCGUGAAGUGUAGUGAAGGACACAGAACUGAAUAUUGCCCAAAAUCUAAAAAGACAAAAGCAAAAUGUGCAAACUGUUGUGAAAAUCACACAGCAAACUGGAAGGGCUGCCCUGCUAAGAAAAAAGCAAUAGAAAGAGCACACCUAAAACAAGUCUCUGCUAUGAAAAGAAUACAGCAGAAACCUGUCACAACAAACAUUUCAUACGCACAGAUGGCUAGUACUUCAAAAGUCUAUCCAAAAACACUUCAACCAAAGGGAAAUGAAGAAUCGACUACUUUUAAUGAUAUUCUAGUCGCGUUAAGCAACGUAACGCAGACACUAGCAAAUAUCACAGCAAGAAUGGACAAACUGGAAAUAAACCAGACAAAGUCCAAAAAUACCUCGCAGAAAAUAAAGAAAUGUACAGUACACUGCGGAUAAUUGCAUGGAACGCCAAUGGGUUAGUACAGCGCAGAUAAGAAAUUGAAAAUCUUUUACAUAGUGAAAACAUUGACAUAGCCCUUAUUUCGGAAAUUCACUUCACAACGUGGACCUUUAUUAAGAUAAGGAAUUACAAUAUAUAUAUAUAUACGACGAGUCAUUCUAGUGGUAGAGCUCGGGGUGGUACUGCUGUAAUAAUAAAAGAGUCCAUAAAGCUUUAUGAACUCGAAAAAUACGCUGUAAGUCAUACACAAGCGACAAGCGUCAUCGUUAAUGACGGGAAUAACGAUCUCACGGUUACUGCAAUUAAUUGCCCCCCGCAAGGAGGUGCAGAUGAAAUUAAGUUCGCUGAAUUUUUCCAUACGUUAGAUUAUAUAUUCAUUGUUAGAGGUGAUUAUAAUGCCAAACAUACUUACCGGGGAUCGAGACUGAUCUCCCCAAAGGGACGAGCCUUGCUAAAAGUUGCAAACAACAUCAAUGCUGAAAUCAUCACUACAAGUAAGCCAACGUAUUGGCCGACUGAUCCGAACAAGAUUCCCGACCUGCUUGACUUCUUUAUUAUGAAAGGUAUAUCUUCUAAUUAUAUUGGAGUAUUAGAACUUACAGAAUUAACGUCAGAUCAUAUACCAGUGCUUCUCGCGUUAAGUUCUAAUGUUAUACAUAAACAACAAAAAAUGUUGCUAAUCAACAAGAAAACAGAUUGGGACCUUUUUAGAACGAAUCUAGACGAGACCUUAACUCUCACAGUAAGACUAAGAAAACUUAUUGAAAUUAAUAGUGCUGUUGAACAACUAAUACCAUCGUAUAAGGGGCGAAAGCGGCAACACCCAUAA